AUCUGCUUGUAGCUGUAACGCACGGGCACAUCCCUCGGCUCCCGGUGCCGGGGAGAUGCGCUGGUGGUAGCCCCCCAGCGAGGCGCUAGGACCCAUUCAGCAGCCGGGAAGGGGGCGGUGGAGGUUGGUGUGCUGCAGAGCCCAGAUAAGCAGGCGGAUGGGGCUCAUCGGGCUGCAGGGGCCGGUGCUGGGAGCACUGGGGAAAUUGCACAAGAAAUCGGGCAGCGAUGGGCUGGGGCCGGGGGCUUGUGCAAGACGAGGGGCUUGGAUGGGACCCACAGGGGAGCUGGGACCUUGUGCUGCCCCUCCAUUUGGGGAACCGAUCCCCUGCCCGCUAGACCCCUGCGCCCUCAGCAGCUAUUGAGCAUGAGCAGGGCAGUGAGGGGCACGGCCUCUGAAUUGGAGCUGCCUAGACCUUAUGCCACAGCUGCAAGGGGGAGAGAGCAACCGAGGAAAAACCCAGACCCAGGUCCCUCGCUUUCAGCAGCCGCUCUCUGCCCUCGUGUGACGCAGGAGAUGGAUGGGCUGACCCCGUAAAGGACCAGGAGGCCGAAGCGCUAGAGCCUUGUCUGCAAGCUGGAAGGGAGUGUACGUAGGGGCUGCCUCCUUCCCCCAGGAGAGUUGAUGGCAAGGGCAGGCCGGGGGAGGAUGGACAUAGAAAAUGCGGGAGGAGCCAGGCACGGGCUGGUAGCAGCAGGAUCUGGUACACGCAGGGGUGCAGAGGGAGAACUGGUCUGGCCUGCCUGCAUUGGGCGACACUGGGCUUGCACACCCACCAGUUUAGGUGGUUCCCAGUUUAGGUGGUUCCCUUUCAAAUUAAGCAAGCCUUCUGUAAAGCAGUCAGUGCCACCAGGUUGUCACUAGUGCAUUUAUCUCGUCCCUUCUGACCCCCGCCAGCCUGUCCUAGUCUCUGCAUCCCAGGCACUCUGUACUUGUUUCUAGCUUCUUUAUUUCAAAGCUGAAGUUAAAGGCUUAGAUGCCAGGCAUAAAGAAACUGUGCAGCGUGCCGGCAGAGGUGUCUGGUUGUGUGGCACCUUAGCACCUGGGCAGGAAGUGAGUAGAUGAGAAGCUUGGCUUUCACUGAAAGAAAAAACCGGGGUGUUUGAUUUUGGGUGGGGGAGGCAAGCAGAAAGAACCCCCAAGGCAUCAUUUUGGAGAGUUCGACCCAUGGCUCUUGAGCAUUUGAGGUGAGCAAAGCUGCCUUUUUGUCUUGUGAAAACAGCAUUUAAUCUGUGCUCUGGGAGCACUUUAUAAAGGAGCAUAAAUUCUGGCGUUUCUGCGUUGCCGGGAGGAAACUGAGGCCCAGAGAUGGGCGGUGACUCCCCCAAGAUCACAGGUAGGCCAGUGGCUGAGCUGCCUGGUCCUAGGUCCUUCAGACCCUGCUCGCUGGCUGGGGUUUGCUUCUGCAAUCAGUCUCUCUCCUUUCCGUUGUGGCAGCUCUCAUGAGUCACACACGUGAUGUUCAUUUUGCCCUUUCUUUUUAGUCAAGUUUCCACUUCCAGGCCCUGGAUGCUGCCCGGCUUGGGUUGCAAACCCCAAAAGGAAUGUGGGGUGGUUGGAAAAUCAUUGCAUUGUUCUCUUUGGUGCAGUCUCACAUUUGCAGCUCGCAGGCGAUGUACAAGCGCUUGACUGCAACCAGUAAAAGGGCCUGGGACAAUAGUGCCCAAUGCACUUAGCAGGAGCAAUUCAAGUAACAGGGCUCCUGUCCAGGAGUGGAGCCUGCCCAGCUCCUAUCUGUCCCGGGAAAGCCUGAGAGCAAGCUGCAUCCUGUAGACUGGGCUGGGAAAACUGCCUUCCUUGAGGGGGUGUGAAGACUUGGCACAAUAGGCUUUGCUGUGGGAGUACAGGGAAGACAACAGGCUGCUUGAUACAGCUCCUGGGGUUUCAUAGUUUUAUAGUUUCAUAGUUGUUAGGGGCUGGAAGGGACCUUACAGAUCAUCGGGUCCAGCCCCCCUGCACUUGGGCAGGAAAGACUGCUGGGAUCAGAUGAGCCCAGCAAAAUGGGCAUCAAGUCUGCUUUAUAGCAGACUGCAGUCAGUGGCCGGGCGAGCUUCGAAUCAGGCUGGCGGUCAGAAGUCUCCAGUGCUUCUCGGCAGCACCGGGGGCACCACGGCGUGCUCAUUUUAGAAGGGCCCCUCUCACCGCCCCAUGCCAACAGCUUUGGCUCUGCUUUGUGCCAAAAGUGCCGCUUGGCAUGGGGGGUGCCGAUUUCCUUACGCUGGUUCCUGCCGGUGCCGAUAACGUUGACGUGCUGGGUUUCCCAUCAGGAAGCGCAGACCUGCCCACUUCCGCUGUUCAGUUCCUGAGGCUGGAGCCCUUUGUGGAAUACGGAAAUUUCCUCUGCUGGACUCGUGACCGUCCCUGUGGGGUGGUGACAAAAUGCAGCGGGCAACCCUCAGCGAAGCAGUGAGUUGUGGGCGAGGGACAGCAGUAUGGCACCUGGCACCCUGGGUGCCAGCUCAGGACUGGGACACUUGGCCAGUAGAUUAGGAGGACAGCCUGUGCAUCAUAAAUACCAUUGCUGCCUUGAGGGAAGCAGCUUGUAUAAUGACUCCCCAUCACCCCUGAGGGUCAUUAGUGGAGUCUGACCCCUGGGCCAGCAGCACUUAGCAGAUAAGUCUCUAUCCUUAAAGCUAGAGGAGUGACCAUGUGAUGUGGCAGCAGUAGUAGGGUGUUCUCCUAGAGGCCAUUGGGGUUUCUGCUGACAGUCAGAAGCUUUGUGUGAUUGCAGUCAGAUUUGUCUAACCCAGGUGAGAAGCCCUGUUCAGACACAGGCUAGCGCGCUGGAAGAAAAGGGUUAGCUGGCCCAGCUGUAGCUUGGGCUUCAGCACACGUUCAGAUGUGUGACCCAUGUGCCUGCCUCGCAGCACUUGGGCCCCUCCAAAGCAAGGCAGGGAAGCUGCGUGUGGCACAAGAGAGGUAAGUAAUAGUCGCUGCGUGGAUGUAGGGCAGGAGACCAAGUGAGACCUGUGCGAAAGGGGGAAGCGGAAAUGCGUUCUGAUAAGAAGGGUUCAGUUAGGAAGUGGAAACCGCAGAGUGAUCUCAGACAGCUGCAGCAGAAGUGGGGAUCUGAGAAGUGGCAGUGCUGGGCAUGCGGGCUUCCUGGUGUCCCCUGGGGAAGGACCUGCUAGCCGGCCUGGGCCCUUUCUUCUGUUUCUCUGCUGCUGACCCAUUGCGUCCUCCUCCGUUCUCCUCAGGACCUGAGCGAUGAGGAAAUCCUCACCUAACCAGAGGUUCCCUAGAAGAGGCCACCCGAGGAGGUCCGGCCCACCGCACAGGGAGCCUCACCCCCGUGAUUUCAGACCCUUUCCACACACCCCUGACUUCCCCAGGGGCGACGAGCGCCACGGCUGGGCACCCCAUGACCAUCUGGAGCCGGCCAGAUGGGAUUAUGAGCAAGGGGAGUGCGCAGAUGAGUGGUGUUCGCCCUGUCCCCAGGACUUUGAAUGCUCCCCCUGCCCCCCAAAUGACGAAGACUGGGGGUGGGAGUUUUAUGACGACUGGCAGCCGCACAUGUGGGAUUACCAGCACAGGAGACACGAAGACGAGUGGCACUUGAACAUGCCCCCUGAUGAGCACUGCCUGGAGCCUUUCAUGUUCAAUGUGUCCCCGCACCCGAUGGAGGAGUAUUGCCACAUGGAUGCACCGCUGGGAGACCAAGAGGCUGCCUGCUUUCCUCCAAGCUAUCGGGGCCGUGGCUGGAAACCUCGCCGGGGCCGGGGCCGGGGCCGUGGCAGCCGAGGGAAAUUCUCUUCUCAAUACCACGGUUUUCCGCCCCGCAAAGAAAAGUUCAAGUCCUCCAGGCUGUCAGAUUCCUACUCCACAAAGAACCUCAAAGUGAUCCAGCUGGAGCCCAUACAGGAGGCCAGCAAGCAUCCCAGCCAGGCCAGCUCUACCACGGAAGCUGACCACCCCUCAUCUGAGGCCACUGAGCCACUUGAUCCCAUAAGGCCGGAGAAAACGGAGCUGGUCCAGCUGGGAGCUAGUCUGGAGGCUGCAGACUGUCACAGCCAGGCCUGGUCUUCUCUGGCAACUGAGCCAGUCCCGAUGGAAGAUCCCCAUUUCCCGCAGGGGAAGGAAAUCAAGCUGGUCCAGCUGGAUGCCAGCUGCCAGGCCACGGAGAAUAGCAGCCAACCUGCCUUUGAUGCGCUUCCUGAGCCCUCCACCCCACCGGGGACCACAGAGGACCUGUGUCCUGUGAAGCUAGAAGGAAUGGACGUGUGUCUCCCGCUGCAGCUGGAAGCGAGCCAUCUGGCCAUGGAUCAUCCCGUCCAGGCUACGUCUGCUCUAGCUACCGAACCCCCAGCCCUGCCUGACACCACAGAGGAUCUGCAUCUGCUGAAAAUGGAAGAGACUGAGAUGGACCAGCUGGGCACUGGUCUGGGGGCUGUCAACUACCAGCACCAGGGCUCUGUUGCUGUGUUCACACCGCCUCUGAGCACUGAGGACCGUCGCUCUGCAGCUAUACUGGCCAGGAAGGAAGAGAUCGAGCUGUCCUACCAGCAGUUCAGUCUUACCAUCGCAGUGGUGGCCACCAUGCUGCUGCAGAAGGAGCCCUCCAUGGAGGCCGCGAUGGGCUCGGCACUGCGUGCCAACCUGCAGCAGGUCAGGGGCCAUUACCUGCAGGAGCUGGAGAAUUUCAUUGACAGCUACGACUCAGCCGCCACCAGCUCAUGAGACACCGCACGGCUGGAGACACCUGUCCUUGGCUCUGGACCAGGUCAAGGGAGCGGUGCCUGCUGGAGGCUGAGGCCAGCCAGAUGCUUCUGUCAGCAGCAAUGGAGGGACCUGCUGGGAUUGUAUGAGCAGCCAGGUGGCACAGACUGAGGGAGAAGGGCUCAGGGGCCUCAUUAUUGCUCUGUAUUGGGCAGUGGGGUCUGGUCCUGAAAUGGGAAAGGGGCUGCUGGCUGGGGGGUGACCACUCUGAGAAGCUGCAGCCAUGGGGUUGAAGGGCAUGGGAAGGAACUGGCGCAGCAGCACUAUUGGUGCAGGGUUGUCUUGGAAGCAAAUUCCUGGACUCCUGGCAGUUUUUCCCAGCCUGGGGCUGGGUUGCAGCCUCGUGGCUUUACCUGGGUUCUGGGCAGGGAACCCUACGCGGGGCCUGGCAGCUGGCCUGGGGCUUGUGCAGUUUUGUUAAUGGAGAAAAAUAAAACAGUGGAUGAAAUUCCCCAUC